GAGAGCGAGAGGGAGGGGCGUGCUUGAGAGAGCAACCACACCUUCGUCUCCACAAUAAUACGUCAUCAUUACACCUUGUUUAAUUAUGUUUGAUACAGUAGGUGUGUUUCGCAUGUGUAAGAUGAACAAAGAAAAGGUAAAAGCCAGGGUUGCCAGGUUUCAGCAAGAUUUCCAAACUGAGAAUUGGUACAACAACAAAAAAAACAACUAAAGUUAAGGGAUUUUGUAAGUUAAAUUAGUACUCAUUUAAGUGCUUAAUGGAGAAGUUGGUCUUCAGUCUUGGUUUGAAGACAGACAGUGACUCAUCUGUUCAGACAGCCAGGGGAAGUUCAUUCCACCUGAGUGUGGGACAGAGAAGCUUCUGAUGGCGUGUCAGAGAAAUGCUGGAAUGACAGGUAUGUUGGUCCCUGUUUUUCUCCUUAGACCUGCUCUGUGAGUGAAGCCCCGCCCCUAAACACCUGAAAGGUGACAGUAACUCACCCCAAUCUACCACACACACAUCUCUAUAGAGUGUGAGUAAAGCAGUGCCAUUACUAUUACAUUUUUGUGUUUAGUGCAUUAGCUCGAUCCUUUCUUUUCUUUAAAAAUGAGUAGGGGUCGUCUGUGGACGGAGGAGCAGUUUAACUGCCCCGUUUGCCUCGACUUGCCCACCGAGCCCGUGACGAUCCCGUGCGGUCACAGCUACUGCAUGAAGUGCAUCACCGACUACUGGGACUCGGAGCGCAAGAAGAGCGGCGCGUGCAGCUGCCCCGAGUGCCGCCAGACCUUCGACCCCCGUCCUCCUCUCUGCCGUAACACCAUGCUGGCGGAGGCCGUGGAGCAGCUCCGCCUGGGCGACCUCAGCUCCACAGCACGCGAGUCCAUCCGUAACGCGCGCCGUGCAGCCGCGGCUGCGUCCGAGCGAGGAGCGCGCGACCGAAAAGCCGCCGUGAAACAACUUCCUGCCUCGAGCGUGCCGUGUGACCGGUGCAUUGAGCCGAGAGCGGCUGUGAAAACCUGCCUGACAUGCAUGGCGUCGUUCUGUGCGAGCCACCUGAAGCCGCACGAGACGCAGGCCAAGCUGAAGAGCCACGAGCUCAUCGCGCCCACCGGAGACCUGACGCAGAAGAUCUGCCCCGAGCACAAGUACCUGCAAGAGUUCUACUGCCGCUCGUGCCAGAUCUACAUCUGCUGGCUGUGCACGAGCAACCAGCACAAGGACCACGACAGCGUGUCUACGCAGACGGAGCGCACAGAAAAGCAGAAAACCCUGUUGGCGGUUCAGACAGAGAAUCUGCAGAAGCUGCAGGAGAGAGAGAAGGACCUCAAAGACAUGAAGAAAGUCCUGGAGACCCUCAAGUGCUCGUCCGACACGGUGAGCGAGGAGACAGACACGGUGCUGUGUGAGCUUCAGCACUCAGUGCAGCGUCUGGCGGAUCUGAUCCAGCAGGUGAUGAGCUCCAGCGGGCAGGAGAAGAUCAGUGAGGCCCAGCAGCUGGUGGACAAACUGGAGACAGAGACCAGUCAGCUGAGGAAGAAAGACUCUGAUUUAAAGGAGCUGGUCACUUGUCAGGACAAUAUCUACUUUCUCAAGACAUAUCAGUGUCUUUGCUCUCCUGAGCUCAGUGAGCUCGGCAAUAUUACAGUGAAUCUGGACACCUCGUUUGAUCCUGUACGAAAAAUCAUUUUGGAUCUCAGGGAGAAAGUGGAGAACAUAUGCAACCAAGAGCUGGACAAAAUUAACAAGACAGUGUUCAACACAAUGCCGUUCACAGUGACUGACCGACAGAGCGGACAGAAGCCAGCCAUUUUAAAAUUGUUUUCAGGAAUUGGAGCCAAAACAUCAAGCAGUCGCACACAAGCAGGUCCCCCUCCACUGCCCUCUGUGAGUGUUCGAGGCCCAGUUGAUAGAGGGACAUACUCCCCAAGACCAAGAGCGGGCUACAACAGAGAGGAGCGAGAGCAAGCUAAUAAUCGGAGUGUGACCUCUCUGAGACCAAGUGAGAGGCAGAGGAGAGAGGAGAGAGAGCAAGAGAGAGAGAUUCAAAACUCGCCAAGAUCUCAAAGCAGAAGCACAAAUGAUGGCGAGGCUGACACUCGGAGUAUACUCUCUCUACGGCAGUCGACACAGAGGAGAGAAAACCGGGAGCAAGCUGACAACUGGAGCAUAAGUUCUGUCAGGUCCAGAGGCAGACCGAGGACAGAGGAGAGAGAGACAACUAAUGGAGAAGUGCAGAGUUCCCAGAGACCACAGGAGACAGUCACGACCAGACAGCAACCAGAGAGGCAAUCUGACAGCUGGAGCUUAAGUUCUAUCAGGUCGAUCAGAGGCAGAGAGAGGAGAGAAGAGAGAGAGACAGCUAAUGCAGAUGUCCAGAGCUCGCCCAGGACACAGCAGACGGCAACGGCCAGACAGCAGCCCGAAAGACAAUCUGAUCGCUGGAGUCUGAGCUCACUGUUACCAAGAAACAGGAGGAAGAGACAAGAGUCAGUGAAACAGGCCACACCUAUUCAGCAGGAAGUAGAGUCUCCUCAGGAUCAGUGGGGAAACCAGACUGAAGUAAACCCUGGACUUUUCCUGGACUCACCGAAUGCGGAUUCCUCCAUCAUCCCUGCCUUAACAUUGAGAGAGAUCGACCUUGAUAGCAUUCAGGCUCCCGAGCCAAGGAGCAGAGACGAGUUCCUGCAGUAUGCCUGCGAGUUGACCUUUGACCCCAACACAGCUCAUCGGCGAUUGGUUCUCAGUGAAGAUGACACCAAAGCAACACUGCAUGCUGCUACCCAGCCGUACCCUGAUGUCCCUGAGCGAUUUGACAGCUGGACACAGAUUCUCAGCCUCCAGCCACUCAACUCUUCCCGUUGUUACUGGGAGGUGGAGUGGCGUGGGCGAGGCUCUUCAGUGGGCGUGGCCAGUAUCUCCAUACCUCGUAAAGGUGCAGAUGCAAGGGCGGGGCUUGGCUACAAUGGCCAAUCAUGGAGUUUGGAGUUGUCAGACAUGUGCUGCGCUGCUAUGCAUGCCAAUCAGAAGCAGGAGAUCUCAGUGACGUACUGCCCCCGAGUGGGUGUCUUUCUGAACCAGGAAGAGGAGUCUCUGGCCUUCUAUGGUGUUGAUGAUGUGCUUGUGCAUCUGCACACGUUCCACGGUGUCUCAUCCACUCAGCCGCUGUUUGCCGCUUUUGGCGUUGGGACCGGCGUUGGAGUCGGCCUCGACUUCGCCAUGGGAAACUUCAGUGCAUCCACAGACAGCAUUAAAAUCUGCUCCCUCUAACGCACAUUAUUACCUAACCUUCUGUCCAGGUUACUGACACAAUUACAAUUUCAUUUAAAAUAAAAAUAAAAAAAGAGAAAGGUCGUUGCCCUCUGUAGAAGACAUUUGAGAUUUGGAACCGAUGUCAACGGCACAGCAGUUUGUGGCCAGUGCAGUCUAAUGCCAUAACGAAGUAUCAUGCAGUCCUCAUACUCGUGUACCAGAAAGACAUAUUGAAAUUUAAAUAUAGGCUUAACCAUUAAAAAAUUUUUUGCUAACUUUAGAUUAGCAAUAGUGUGCUAUUAAAUACCAUACUAUCCUUUAUGUCUCCCCUAUCAAUCAGAGUAAUUCUAGCCAAUCACAGAUGUCUUAGCUCAUUGUUACAUAAUAACUUUUACUGUUUGAUUCUCAGUUGAAUAUUGUGUAAAUUUCUAUUUCACUGAACUCAUUUUUCUCAAAAACUUUUGUUUUAUGCUCUUUACUUCUAAUUUUGCUUUAUUUCUGAUCUUAAUUUAUGUAUGAAUAUUGCUAUUUAAAUAAAUUACAAACAAAGUAUAUAAA